GGCGUGUCUCGGGCUAAGUGGGAAGGCCGAGGCCGCGGGCGGGAGCGCCAAGGGCGCGCGGUGCUCCUCCCCCUCCCCCUGCAGCCGGCCGGCGAUCCCGGGAAGAUGGCGGAUCGCGCGGAGAUGUUUUCUCUAUCCACCUUCCACUCGCUGUCGCCUCCUGGAUGCAGGCCUCCCCAGGACAUAAGUCUGGAAGAAUUUGAUGAUGAAGACCUGUCUGAGAUCACAGAUGACUGUGGCCUGGGCCUCAGCUAUGACUCAGACCACUGCGAGAAGGACAGUCUCUCCCUGGGGCGUUCAGAGCAGCCACAUCCCAUCUGCUCCUUCCAAGAUGACUUCCAGGAAUUUGAGAUGAUUGAUGACAAUGAAGAGGAGGAAGAGGAUGAUGAUGAGGAAGAGGAGGAGGAGGGAGAUGAGGACGGCAAGGAAGGAGGAAGACCUAGCUCAGAGACACCUGCUGGGGAGCCACUUAUUCCUUCUCCUUCCCUGGAGGAGUCCCACAAGCACCGACCCACUACACUCCACCUAACUACACUAGGAGCCCAAGACUCUCUGAACAACAAUGGAGACUUUGCUCCUGCACUCCCAGCCUCCUGGCAGGAGCCAGUGCUGUGCUCACCAGUCCUGGAGCCCCUCAGAGAGCUCCCAGCCCAGGAGGGGCCCAACGAGGCACAGUCUCUGGUGCAUCCAGGUUGUGACUUCGAAGGGAAUCAGCCUCUUGAGCCCCCACAACCAUGUGGGGCCUCACCCUCCUCGGAUCCUGGCAUCGAGGCUGACCUGAGAAGUCACUCAAGCCGGGGCCUUGGUGGACAGCACAGCAGCCAGGAGCUUUCAUCACCAGGCUCGGACUCUGAGGAUGCAGGUGGUGCACACCUUGGGCGCAUGAUUUCAUCUAUCUCUGAGACAGAGUUGGAGCUCAGCAGUGAUGGUGGCAGCAGCAGCAGUGGCCGCUCCUCACACCUCACCAACUCCAUCGAGGAGGCCUCAUCACCAGCCUCAGAGCCAGAACCAGAGCCAGAGCUGCUACAGGAACAUCCUCGCCGCCCUGCUUUUCUGCCUGUAGGCCCAGAUGACACCAACAGCGAGUAUGAAUCUGGCUCCGAGUCUGAGCCCGACCUCAGUGAGGAUGCUGACUCUCCCUGGCUGCUCAGCAACCUGGUGAGCCGCAUGAUCUCCGAGGGCUCCUCGCCCAUCCGAUGUCCUGGCCAGUGCCUGUCUCCAGUGCCACGCCUGCCUGGAGACCCUGCCUCAUCUGGGGGAGGGGCCAUUGCAGAGUCCCAAGAUCCUGAGGCAGCAGCGGGGUCCCACGUGGAGCUGGUGGACAUGGAGACCCUGUGUGGGCCACCCCCACCAGUCCCAGUAGCACCUAGGCCUGGCCCAGCGCAGCCUGGGCCCUGCCUCUUCCUCAGCAAUCCCACACGGGACACCAUCACACCCCUGUGGGCUGCAUCUGGUCGCACUGUGCGUCCUGGCCGUGCAUAUUCUGCUGCAUGCUCUGAGGAAGAGGAUGAUGAGGAAGAAGAGGAUGAAGAGGAUGCAGAGGACAGCAUGGGGCCCCCUGGAGCCAGGGGCACAGGCUCAGCUGCACCGUUGGAUGCCUCACUAGUGUACGAUGCAGUCAAGUACACGUUGGUAGUGGAUGAGCACACUCAGCUAGAGCUGGUGAGCCUCAGACGUUGUGCAGGCCUAAGCAACGACAGCGAAGAGGACAGCAGCGGGGAGGCCAGUGAGGAAGAGGCAGGCACUACAUUAUUAAGUGGUGACCAGAUCCCAGAGGAUGCCUCUCCGGACAGCCCCGACCUCACCUUUUCCAAGAAAUUCCUCAAUGUCUUUGUCAACAGUACAUCUCGAUCCUCCAGCACUGAGUCCUUUGGUCUUUUUUCCUGCCUGAUCAAUGGAGAAGAGAGAGAGCAGACACACCGGGCUGUCUUCAGGUUCAUCCCUCGCCAUCCAGACGAGCUGGAGCUAGAUGUGGAUGACCCAGUGUUGGUGGAGGCAGAAGAGGAUGACUUCUGGUUCCGUGGCUUCAACAUGCGCACUGGCGAACGUGGUGUGUUCCCUGCCUUCUAUGCUCAUGCGGUGCCUGGUCCUGCCAAGGACCUGCUGGGAAGCAAGCGGAGCCCCUGCUGGGUGGAACGCUUUGAUGUGCAGUUUUUGGGCUCUGUGGAGGUGCCCUGUCACCAGGGCAAUGGCAUCCUGUGUGCUGCCAUGCAGAAGAUUGCCACUGCCCGGAAACUGACUGUCCAUCUGCGUCCUCCUGCUUCUUGUGACCUGGAGAUCUCUCUGCGGGGGGUCAAGCUGAGUCUGAGUGGAGGAGGGCCUGAGUUCCAGCGCUGUAGCCACUUCUUCCAGAUGAAGAACAUCUCAUUCUGUGGCUGUCAUCCUCGCAACAGCUGCUAUUUUGGCUUCAUCACUAAACACCCGCUGCUGAGCCGCUUCGCCUGCCAUGUCUUUGUGUCCCAGGAGUCCAUGAGGCCAGUGGCGCAGAGUGUAGGCCGGGCCUUCCUGGAGUAUUACCAGGAGCACCUGGCAUUCGCCUGCCCCACAGAAGACAUCUACCUGGAGUAGCACCCACCACUUUCAGCUCCUGCCCAUGCAGCUCUGGGUAUCUCAAGGGCACUGUGGCUUGGGCAAGGACUAGAUUGGGAGCAUGUGGUACCUUACAGUGUGGGAGUCUCUGGGCUGGGAAUUCUCAUCCUUCAUCUCCAAGGCACAGCUUAUGGGGCUGUGGAGGAGCGGAGCCUCAGUGGCCCCACUUUUCCUCUGAUGCAUCUUUUCUCUGUUGUACUCAUUUGUCCUGUCCCUCUAGCUCCCUUUCUUCUGUCUCUUGCCCCUUUCUGUGCCUGCAGACCUUGCCCUUUACUCUCUACUUUGGAGUCAGAACUUGGGGUUAGGCUUGAGGUGACUGGCAAAAAUCAGAUUUCCCAGGUAUCUCUUCAUGCCCUUCUCCUGUGAUUUAUAAAGGAAUUUUAAUUUUUAUAGUGACUCUCAAGGGAUCAUCCCAUCCUUUACCAUAGGGAGGGCUCCUGUCUCCCUACCAGGGAGCUCAAGGGAAGUAGGGAGGGGUUCCUAUGAGAGCUUUGGGACCAUUAGAUGUGGUCCUUGAUGCUCAUCUAAAGCCCCUCAUGCUGCUAGGAGGAGGGUACCCCAGGGGGCACCCCACACACAGGUUAUCUGCUUUGCUGCUAAUACCCCUGCAGUCCAGCGAGUAUCUGCCCUGCGUGUGCCACCUGCUGUGUACAUGGGUCCUGACCAUGGCCUCAAUAAACUCUGCUUGGUGUGA